GAAACGGCCUCUCAGAUUUCUUCUCUCUCUUUUUCCCUUUUUCUUUUUCUUUUUACGCUUUUUGUUUUGGUUCAGUGACAUUUGUAUGUGAUGGGGGAGCGCACACACACCAACACCCAGUAUUAGGAACAAGAACAAAUAGAUGCUCUGUUUCACCACAGUUUUCUUUUUUAUUCCACUGCAAAACUUUUGAAGUAAUCCAACGGACCCAAACAGAGAACACCCACCAAAAAAAGGGGAGCAAAACGGGAAAAAGGAACCCAAUGGAGAUUGUGAACCAUGAAAUGAAGCAAUCCAAGUUCAGGCGGAUUUGUGUGUUCUGUGGAAGUAGCCAAGGCAAGAAGAGAAGCUACCAAGAUUCCGCCAUUGAACUUGGCAAGGAAUUGGUUUCAAGGAACAUUGAUCUGGUAUACGGCGGGGGCAGCAUAGGGCUGAUGGGUUUGGUGUCACAAGCUGUUCAUGAUGGUGGUCGGCAUGUCAUUGGGGUCAUACCAAAGACACUCAUGCCUCGAGAGCUAACUGGUGAAACAGUAGGGGAAGUGAAGGCAGUGGCAGAUAUGCACCAAAGGAAGGCAGAGAUGGCAAAGCAUUCAGAUGCUUUCAUUGCCUUGCCAGGUGGCUAUGGGACUCUGGAAGAACUGCUUGAAGUUAUAACCUGGGCCCAGCUUGGAAUCCAUGACAAGCCAGUGGGGCUAUUGAAUGUUGAUGGAUACUACAAUUCAUUACUCUCAUUUAUUGAUAAAGCUGUGGAGGAGGGAUUCGUCAGUCCAAGUGCUCGUCAAAUUAUCGUAUCUGCACCAUCGGCAAAGGAGCUAGUGAAGAAGUUGGAGGAGUAUGUCCCCUGCCAUGAAAGAGUUGCUUCAAAGCUGAGUUGGGAGAUAGAGCAGCUUGGCUACCCUCAAAAUUGUGAUAUUUCCAGAUGAUUUUUUGAAGAUGGUGAAGAAUUUUUGCAAAUGGAGGAGGCUAAUAUGAAGUAUAUCUACUAUUUCCUGUUUUGUGGAGGAAUUGUUCUUUUUUUUGUAAAUUUACUCCAUUUCAAUGUCAAUAUAUGAAGUUUCUACAUUUAAUUGUUGAAACUUUAUAUCUUUCAAAGCUGUAAGUAUAGGAUUCUCUGAUGAAAUUACCAUCUUCAGUGUGGCAACUUAUAUAUAUAUUUUGUUCC